AUGGCUGAGUUCUUAGAAGACGACUACACCGUAGAAGAUGAAGCAAUUACUGGUAUAUGCUUCGAGUUUAAAUUAAACGUUUAUGACAUAUUUCAACCAAACGCUAUGUUUACGGUAGAUAUAGUAAAAUGGGCGGUUCACGAGCAUGCUCGCAAAAAAUCAAAAAAUUUUGACGCAGCGACGAAUGACGAAGGUGAGCAGGCACAGCAGCUAGCCGGCGACAUCGUAGUCGACGCUGAACAUACAAACAUUCAGGUCGAUUGCAGCACGUUACAGCGAAGCGAGCAGAGAAAUGACCAGACAUCUAUCAACGCAGCAGAACAAACGGCACACACAAAUGCACAUGCAAACAUCAACGCUAUAGAUUUUGAGUUGUUGGUACGCGAAGCAAACCUGCUAAAGCGUGAAUUGAGUGGUAGUGAAAUAGCGAGUAACACAAUAGUAACCCAACGAACAAUAUCAUUGGAUAUGAUACAAAAUAUGAUUCCAGAGUUCAGCGGCGGAACCAACGUUAGUGUUUGGGUGGCACAAUUUAAAAAUAUUGCUAGCGGUUACGAUAUUAAGGAAAAUGAGUUGCGCAUAUUGAUGCUAAACAAAUUGAAAGGCAAAGCACAGCGUUGGUUACACAGUAUUUCAAACUUUACAACUGAAGAAUUGAACUCCUUAAUAUCCCAAAUGGAAAACGUUUUCGGCUCAAAGGAAAGCCGCUUGCUGUUGCGACGUCGAUUUGAAACUCGACAAUGGAAGGCCGGUGAAAAAUUUUCACAAUAUUUUAACGACAAAGAAAUGCUCGCAAGUCAGCUACAGCUUAGUGAAGAAGAGUUAGUAGAAUACGUAGUUGAAGGCAUAGCAGACGACCGGUUGCGUACCCAAGCUUAUUUACAAUGCUAUACAACAAAGGAGCAGCUAGUGAAGGCCUUCACUAAAAUUGAAGCAGGGCGAAAGACGACAACAACAACGACUACGAGUGGUGCCCAGAUGCGCGAUGUUAGAAGCUACAAUUGUAAUAGUCGAGGUCAUAUCGCACCGAACUGCGACGUCGGCGCAUGCUACGCUUGUGGCAGUAAAGACCAUCGAGUGGCAGCAUGUACGGAUGAAAAGAAUAUUCAUAUGGUCGACGAAUAUAAUGUUUAUAUGACACAGGAAGUCCAAUCAGCUUCAUAAGGCGAUCAUACGUUAAAGACAAACUAAAUCUAAAAUCUUUAUUAAAGUUAAAUUCUUGCUACUUUGGUUUAAAUGAUAUACAAAUUGUAACUUAUGGAAAGUUUUUAUGUUAUGUCAAAAUAAAAAAUGAAUAUUUUGCAGUUUAGUAGUCGAUGAUUGAACCACAAAGUAUGAAGCUGUGUUAGGA